GAUCCUAGUGCAACAUCAGUCUCGUCUCCGCGCUCGCUGCUCACCGACUGCGGAUGAGCUUCCGCUACGAUUUUCACGUAGCCCAAAAGUGCUACACCCAACGCACAAGACACUCCAGUUUGUUUGACGCCCAUCACUUACUCCCCCCUCUACCCCGCAGUUUAUUUUUCAAAAACCCGAUCGAAAGAAAAAAGACAAAAAAGUUUUUGGUUAAAAAUUCACAAAUUCAGUCGAUUCACUUGAGUGAAAUCGACCGCGAACAAGUGCGACACAUUGACUGACACGCUCGACGACGGCCGAAAUCUAUUGGCGUCGGUUGACGGACAUCUGCCAGUGAAGUUACCCAUUUUCCUUUUUUCUUUUUUUCUUUCCUCCCCCCGUUGAGACGACGUUGUUAUUAUUAUUUGGUGCUUCUUCUUCUUCAACUUCCUGUCGCUCCCUCGAGGCCGUUUCUCUUCUUCUUUCGGCUACGACGAGCGUCGUAAUGAAGUACUAGAGAGAGCACAGGGCGACUGAGAAUCAAAGAAAAAGAAUUCGGCAGCAGCCCCCCUCCAAUUUUUUUUUCUUUCCCGACUCACGAGUGUUUGUGUGCGCCAGUGAAUGUGUGUCUCUGUGUUUGUGCUCGUUGUGAGAAGAAGAAGAAGAAGUUGAUUUCCGCUCGAGACGUUUGUCGUCGCGUCUGGAUAUACACGCAAGAGGAGGAGACGCGCACACACACAGACACACAACAGGAAGGAAUAACCCAAAGGAAAACUUUUGCCCACCUUUCACCUCUGCACUCGAUCCUCAAAAGCCUUGACUCUUUAGGGCUCGUGUACUCUUUUUUAACAGCGCACACUGUCUCCCUCUUGUUGUUUCGCUUCGGCUGUGUGAGAAGAAACGAAACGAAACAAAACCGACGUCCGGACAUUUUCACAAGUGGCGAGAAAUACAUUUCCAGACACACACACACAACAAAAUCUCAAAAUAAAAUCUCAAAAAAAGAAGAAAGAAAGAAAAGAAAGAGGAGGCAGCAAAGUCACCCCAAUGCUGCAAUUGUCAAGUGUCGUCAUCGAUUCGCUCAGACUCGAGGGUGGUGGUUCAAGUGUCUCUGUUUAAUAUCAUCGUCCGAAGUCUCUUUUUUUCUCUCUCCUUUUGACUGCGACUAUCUCUCCCCCAUUUUAAGCGAGUCGACACACCGCCCACUACUACCCCUCAAUCUCAUUUCAAGCUUCUCUCUCUCUCUGUGUGUUAGAUUUUUAUUUCCCCCAAAAAGGGGGAGAGAGAGAGAGAUCCCUGAUGGACUGCGGUUGAUAACGCAAGACGUACCCUCCAUUUCCUGGUGGUAGAUAUUUUUUUAUUUUUUUCCUUUUUACUAAAAGGGCAAAAAUAUCUAAGGCACUCGAGACAAGGUCUCCUCUUCUGUCUGCUCCGGCGCAACCCAAUAAAUAAAAAAGGGAAAAGCUGAGAAGAAGAAGAAGAAGGGAGGAAAUUAAAAAAGCUAAAAAUAUCAUGGCCAGCAGCAAAAGCAGAAGCCGAAGCAGCACGUGGACUAUUAUGAUGGGAGUCGAGAGAUGGAAUGCCAUCUUGGUGCUGUGUGCGACAUGGAUGGUGGUCAUGUCGGCCGCCGGAGGUGCCGGAGCCUGCCCGGGCGUCAAGUGGAAGGGCGGCAAGCAGACGGUCGAGUGCCGCCAGCGCGGUCUCAUCACCCUGCCGUCCAACAUUGAUCCGCAAACUCAAGUGCUGGACCUGUCCGGCAGCAACCUGCAGACCCUGCCGCGCGAGGCCUUCUCCAGGGCCAAUCUCCUCAACUUGCAGAAAAUCUAUUUGGCCUCCUGUCGGAUCGGCCAGGUGGACCCGACGGCCCUGCGCGGACUCACCAACCUAAUUGAGCUCGACAUCAGCGACAAUUUGCUGACGGACGUGCCCAGCGAGGCGUUGCGCGAUGCCGUUUCAUUGCGCGAGCUCAGACUCAGUUCCAAUCCCAUCCAGAAGAUUGAGCAGGGCGCUUUCGACCAGGCCCCUGGACUGGUCAAACUCGACCUGUCCGACUGUCAGAUCGAGACGCUCGCGGCCGGUGCAUUCGACGGACUCGACCAGCUCUCCCAUCUGCGACUGGGAGGCAAUCGACUGCAAGAGCUCAGACCGGACGUCGUCUCCUCGCUGCCCAGUCGACUGCACGGACUUGAAUUGCAAAACAAUUUUUGGAUUUGCGACUGCAGACUCCGCUACUUGCGCGAGUGGCUCCAGCAGCACAACGUGCCCAGCCCGGCCACGGCCGCCUGCGCCCUGCCCGAAAGGCUGGCCGGCCGGGCCCUCAUCGAACUCCAAGUCGACGACUUUGCAUGCGCCCCUCAAGUGAUUCCGUUUCCAGCUGCUCCGCUGCUGGCCGGCGGCGGACAUCCGCACCUGCACGUCGAAGCCUCGGCCGGCGAGAAUGCCACUUUGACGUGCCGGAUGAGCGGCGUUCCUUCGCCGGAAAUCACUUGGUUGUGGCGCGGCCGUCCCAUGGCCAACGGAAGCAUUCCUGGCGAACCGGAAGCGCUACCUGUCGGAGAAACUGCCGAAGGCGACGGAUAUCCGUCCGACGAGACACGGACCGUCAUCAUCCUCGAGGAGGGCAAGUACGAAAAGACCAGUUAUCUCAUCCUGAGUCCGGCCAGAGAAACCGACAGCGGCGAAUUCGUUUGCGUGGCCGCCAACGCCGCCGGACUGGCCAGAGUCAACCUGACGCUCAGAGUCGACGUCCAAGCGCCCGUCGUCGGCGGACUGGGAGGCGCCCAAAUAGCCGGACUGGGAGCCGGCCUCUUCAUCCUGUUGGCCGCCGUCGUGGCCAUCCUCCUUCUGAUGCUCAUCCGCACGAGGAGUUCGGCAAACUCUGGCGGCUCAUCGGCCAACAAACUGGAAGACAACAACGGUAAAGCCGGCGGUCAGCGUCCGGCAGUUUUGCUGGGCACCAACAAUCACGGAGGCAAUCAAUGCCCGACAAUGUCAGGAAUGUCUGCGGCCAAAUCACCCACUUUGUCGGCGCUUGAGUACGGGCAAAUCGCCUUCGUCAACCCGCAGUCGCCCAACCGGGUCGUCGUCGUCACGACAGCCGCAACCGCUUCCGGGCUGAGCGACCGACCCGAUUUAAUCCACGACGCCAGAACCAGUUCCGAUAAUUACGGCUACGAUUUGGGACCGCCGCUCGAUUAUUCGACCCUCAAUCGACGCUACCACACGCACGGCCUGUCGGCCGAUCGCGACAUUUUGGCCGCCACGUCGGCCGGCGACUACCAGAGCGCCCAGACCGAUUCCUUCUACCCGUCGGCCCUGUGGGAUCACAUCUUGAACCCGACGUCCGAGGAGGACACGUCCGACGGAGCAAACAAUAACUUGACCAUCGAUCAGGGCAGCAGCCGGAGCAGCAGCGGCCAGCACAUCGGCUCGCCCAUCCAUCUGCCGCACGUGCCACUCACCGUGAUGGAUAGGACGGGCCUGCCUCAAAUCUACGUCCCCUAUUCCAGCGGGCAAAUCAUCCAGAAUCCGCGGGAUCUCCUGCCCGGCUCCUACGCCGACCGAAGCGAGAGUGAAGCUGGUGAGUCAGCCGUCAGUGUCGAUAGUUACAGUUUGCCUUGCCGGAUACCUGUCCAGCAGCAGCAGCAGCAGCAGCAGGGACAGGAAGCCGUAUGCGGACAAAACUUUGUCCCUUACCCGCCGGAUUACGGUCUUCCGCGCACCAGCCCGCCGCCCACUUUGCCUAAACCGUCUUCUCAACACCUGGCGGCCAUGGCGGCGGGGGCGGCAAUGGAACAACAACAACCACCUGCUCCCAGUGACGACCCAUCGAUCCACCACCACCACAGCCAUCAGCAGCAGCAGCAGCAGCAGACCCACAAUUCGUCCAGCAGCUGCUACGGUUCCAAGGCCAACAGCAGCGCAGAGUCGAGUCCGAUCGCCACCGCUUCAAAUGCCAAAGGCCCGCGCUUCUGGCAGCAGCGACCGGGCACCCACAACGGAAAGAGAUCUCAUCACCACUUCGCCAGAGACUCACCUGACGAGGGCUACCAAGAAGAAUGCGCCACCGACGUCUGAAACAGUUGGCAAAUCUCGUCGAAAAUGCAGAGCUCGAAAUGAAAUAAAAAACACAAUAAUAAAGUUGCGCUUAGAUUCCAGCCAGUCAUCCAUCCAUCCGCCGAAGGGAAAUCAAUUUGGCUGUCGUCGCUACACGAUGACAUGUACAUUCCUAUCGAUUGGGGUGGGAGGCAAAGAGUUUUGAAAUUUCAGCAAGGUAAGACGGUCGAAGUUGAGCAGUCAAACCCCACAACUUCCGGCUGUUUUGACUUUUGAGAUUUUCCUUGCGACAACGACGAGGUUUUCUAUUAUUCAAAAUGUGUCCCACUUUUGCAGAAGUUGCAUUGUGAGAGGGACCGGGCCAGCGAAAGGUCCAAAUUGUUUGUAGGGGGAAAUGAAGGAACGUCAAUAAUCGACCGGCCGGCCCCCCAUCGUGGAUUAUGGGGUGAGUGUGUAAAUAAGUAAAAAAUCAAGAAGAAUCCACCAAAAACAGCCAGUCCAGAAGCAGAAGGAAGGACGGCUGUCGUCCAUGACACACAAAACAAACAAGAAGAAAAAAAAAAUAGGAAACGCAGGGCCCGCCAUGUGGUGCUUGUAGCGCACAAGGUGGCCAACAUUCGGCCAGCAUUCCCAUGAUUGCUAUUCUGUCGAUGACGAAUCUAAUGUUGUACAGAAAAAAAAUGAAACCGGGCGAGGAACACAGUGGCUGUACAAAAAGGUACAACUCGUGACGUGAUGGCCAAAAAAAAAAAAGAUUUUCUACAGACGAUAUAACCAUUAUCACUAUUAAAACAUAAAUAUAUUAAAAUAUAAUCGUAUUCCUCAUUUGUGUACGUGAACUCCUCCGCCGUGUGUGUUUUUUUUGAAAAAUUUAAACUAAAAAAAAAUGUAAAUCUAGAAAAAAAUGUGUUUUUGUUUUUUUUUCUAUCGUGAUUGAUUUUAAUCGCUUAAAAAAACAAACCCCCCCCCCAAAAGAUUGUUGUAUAUCAAAUGAUUGAAUUUUUUGUUCCGUUUUUUUUUCUGUUCAACAUGUCACACGACAAGGCUGCACGGACCGCGUCCCGGCCGGCCGUGCAGUCACGUGAAAUACAGCUCAGACCAAAUAAGAAAGGAGGAGAUUUUCGUUGUUUUCUUUAAUUUUAUUAUUAUUUGUCAAAUAACAGUUUUCAAGUGUCAUUCUUUUGUUUUUUUGUGUAACAUUUUGUGUUCCGAGUGAUUUUCAGACAAAGUUGAAUAUAUCGCAAGUGUCUCUUUUCCUAAAUUUCUUGUACAGAUCAUGUGAGUGUGUUUAAAAAAAACUAAAAAAAAACCUCCUUAAAAUCUUAGCGCAUAAAAAAAAGAAAAAUAAUAAGCAUAAUAAUCGAAAGAAAAGAAUAAAACUAAAUUUUUUUUCUUUUCUUAUCCGGUCAAUAACAAAUUCUGCCCCAUGUUUCACCCCGAGCGUUCACUUUGACAUGAUAUUAUAUAUACAUACAUAUACAUCUAUAUAUUUGUAUUCAUGAGAGCUGCGAUAUUAAUAUAAUUAUUCGUCUACUCCA